AUGUCAGCUGUGGAAGCUGAGGCGAACGAUCCGGUUAUCACUGGCAAGGUUCUUGUUUCCUCCGUUCCUGCUUUAUCACUCUUUGAUUCUGGGGCUUCCCAUCAUUUCUUAUCUCGUCGAUUUGCGACCGCCCACUCUCUUCCUAUAACUCCUCUGACCACAGACGGGAAUAUCAAUACUGGCAGUGGUGUUUUAGUAGCGUCCAGUGGUUAUGAAACAUGUCCGGUGGUCAUCAGCGGGAGAGAGCUCUUUGCAGAUUUCCUGGUGAUUGAUUUGCUAAGCUUCGAUGCAGUUUUUAGAAUGGAUUGGUUGGGGUCAUUCUUUACCACUAUUGAUUGUCACCGUCGGAGUGUAGUAUUUGAGAUACCGGAUCACCCGAGGUUUGAGUUCCUCAGUGGUAGUACAUCGGCCGGACCGGUAGAGUACAGAGCUAGACCGAAGAAGGCGACGUUUGCUGCCAUGCAGGUGGAAACCGAGAUGCUAAUUGUAGUUCGGGAAUUUGAAGAUGUGUUACCCGAUGAUAUUUACGGAUUGCCACCAGAUCGAGCAAUUGAGUUUUCCAUAGAACUGAAGCUUGGAGUUGCUCCGAUCUCCAAGACCCCUUAUCGUAUGCCUUCGACUGAGUUGGCCGAGCUUCAAACUCUGUUGGAUGAUCUUUUGCAAAGAGGCUUGAUACGACCUAGUGUAUCGGCCUGA